UAAAUUAACUAGGCGAGAGAGAGAAGAAGAAGAAGAAGAAGAAGAAGACUAACUAGAAUUAGGAGAUGGCUGUGCCAAUGAGGCAGUUGGUUAUCGUGUCGGACUUCAGGUUAGCUCAACAGCUGAUUGAUUCACGCCAUGAUAACAGAGCCAGAAAUGUUCAUCCCCAUAUCUCCCCUCCUUCCAUUACUACUAAUGGUGUUGGUUUUUCUUAUUCAUGUCAAAGGAGGGAGCUUUUGUUUAUGUUGGCAGUGCCUUUUAUACAAUCUCCACAAGAAUGGGCACAAGCGUCAGAAGCAAGUGACUUAUCAGUAAUUCAAAGUGGGGUAAGGAAAGUUCUGUCAAAAUCGAAGGCGGCCGCAAUUCUUCGCCUUGCUUUCCAUGAUGCAGGAACAUUCAAUUUGUCUGAUAAUUCAGGGGGGAUGAAUGGUUCAAUUGUAUAUGAACUUGAUAGACCUGAGAAUGCUGGUCUUAGUAAAGCCAUAAAGAUUUUAGAUAAAGCAAAGCGAGAAAUUGAUGAUAUCCAGCAUGUAUCUUGGGCAGACUUGAUUUCAGUUGCAGGUGCAGAAGCAGUCUCACUAUGUGGUGGUCCUGCCAUUCCUAUUAAAUUAGGCAGACUUGAUACAAGAGAACCAGAUCCUCAGGGAAGACUACCUGAAGAAACACUUGAUGCGUCUGAUCUAAAGAGAUGCUUCUUGAGGAAAGGCUUCUCAACUCAAGAACUUGUUGCUCUGUCUGGAGCACAUACCCUAGGGAGCAAAGGUUUUGGAAACCCCAACAUUUUUGACAAUUCCUACUUUAAGAUACUCAUUGAAAAACCAUGGGCAUCUUCAGAUGGUAUGUCGAGCAUGAUAGGCCUUCCUUCAGAUCGAGCACUUGUAGAAGAUGAUGAAUGUUCAAGGUGGAUUUCAAUUUAUGCAGAUGAUGAAGCAAGGUUCUUCAAUGACUUCAAAAAUGCAUAUGCUAAACUUGUUAAUUCAGGUGCUUCCUGGAGGAAUAUAUGAAUAAAAUCAAUACUUCAAUGGAGGUUUGUAACUCAUUUUGCAUGUUUAAAUGAACUAGCCAGUAACACUGCCAACACAGAUCCUGGAUAUCUCACAUUCAAUUUUGUUGUUUAUAGUUUCCGAAUGCAGUUAAACUUAUGAUGCAGGCACCUGCUGCUCUUUGAGUUAGUAGAAGCCAGAUUAAGCAGAAAAGUUACAGAAUGCUGGGCGUGUUUGAGAAACAAAAUACAGGUGAAAGAAGAAUGACCAAGUUAGUAUGUCUUUAACAAAAUAUUAAAGGAUUUAAUACUUUGGCGCAUCCAUUUAAUUCAAAUUACAAGCUUAAAUAAGCUUGAUCUUGCAAAUUCUAUGUAGUUCCAAGUUAAUAUACAUUGUUUUAAGCUCGUAUCUAGCACAAAUUAAACUUGCUAGAUAAAUAUAAUGACAAUGCGAUAUAUUUGAUCUGGAUGAUCACUCAAUUGUUGUUUAGACUCCUGAAAUCAUAUGAAAAUCCGAAUUUGCAAAACAGCUCAAUGGCGUUUUGCACACAAGAGAUAUAUGUGGUAGAAUGAAGUAUUGAUCACCAUAAAAAGAAAUGAAAAAAAAAACAAGGAAACAAAAAA